GGUUUAUUUUCAUUAUAGUUUUAAAACACAGAAACACAAUGGCAACAACUAAGAUAUUUAAUGUUGGUGAUUUAGUUUGGGCAAAAAUGAAAGGGUACCCACAUUGGCCUGCUCGUGUUGAUGAACCAAAACCAGGUCAAGCCGUACCCAAAAAGAAAUAUGUCAUUUUUUUCUUUGGCACUCAUGAAAUUGGUUUUUUGGGUGCAGAUGGUCUUUUUGCAUAUGAACAAUAUAAAGAAAAAUAUGGCAAACCAAAUAAACGAAGAGGUUUUGGGGAAGCCCUAAAGGAAAUUGUAGAAAACCCAACAGUAGUUCAUGUAGAUGAGCCUGAGGAAGAAAGUGAAGAGGAAGAACAGUCUGAUGAUGUAAAUGAAAAUGAUAAUGAGCCACCUGCUGAAAAGAAACCAAAAAAAGUCAAUAAGAAAAAGGAGGAAACCAAAAAAAGAAAAAGAAAAUCUCAAGAUAAUAAGAAAAGUAACAAGAAAGUAAGAGCAGUUAAGUCAGUUGAAGAAACUUGGAGUGACUCUGAUGAUGAGAUGCUAUUAAUUGAUGAAAAGAAAAAAAAUGCAGCUAAGGAGGUGGAAGAGUCUGAUUUUGAAGAACCAACCAGUUCAGAUGACUCUUCAGACGAUGAUAGUGGAGAUGAUUAUAAACAACCUGAGGAGAAUAAAAAAAAACCUAAAGCAGAAACUAAACCGAAAAAAGCACCUGCUGCAAAGAAGCCACGCAAACCAGCUAGUGAGAAGAAGCCACGUAAGCCUGCUGGUGAGAAGAAGCCAAGAAAACAGAAAGAGAAGAAACAGACAUCAAAAGAUGAUGAUGUUAGUAGUGUAAGCUCUGUAAGCUCAAGCGAUGAAGAUAGCAGUGGAGAUGAAGAAAUUGAAAAACUCAAAAAGAGAUUAUUCAAACAAAAUGUGGAGUUGACUGCAGAAGAAAAAGCAGCUCAGGAAGCAAAGAAGGAAGAGGAAAGAUUAAAAGAAGAAGAGAGGAAACGUAUACAGGAAGAAAGUCGUCUUCGUAGAGAACAGCUUAAGAAAGAACGACAAGCGGCAAAGAAAAAAGAAAAGGAAAAAAAAAAGACUGAAUCCAGUGAUUCCGAACAGGAUGACGAGGAGAAAAUUGACGAUGAGGAGGAGAAAGCAAAAAAAGCUGAGGAGGAGGAAAAGAAGCAACAAAAGAAGGAGGAGAAGAAACGUCAAAAAGAAGAAGAAAAAUUGAAAGAAAAAGAAAGAAAGAAAAAAGAGAAGGAAGAAAAAGAACUUAAGCGGAAGGAGAAAAAGGAAAAGAAAAAAGAACUCGUUAAAGCAGAAAGGGAAAAGAGUGGGAAAAGUAAAUCUGAAGAAAAGAAGAAACCUAAAUUGACAGAAGAACAAAAGAAAGAACGUGAAGAGAAAGCUGAUGAAGCUUUUAAAAGAAUCGCAGCGGAGAGUAAAGAAGUUGGUGUUGGUGAAAAACUUGAACAGUUAGAAAAAGAACUUCGAAGAACACUGUCUGUCAAAGAAGCGGAUCAUGAAAGAUGUCUACAAGUUCUUCAAGAAAUAUCUGCGUUGAAUCUCACGCCUACCGUACUCAUGCAAAAUAAAACAAUUAUACCCACGAUGAAAAAAGUGAAAGCUUACAAAGCAAACCAUAGCGUGAGCGAAAAAGCUUCGCAGCUAUACUACCAUUAUAAAAGCUUAUUUGCUAUUGGUGGAACAGGAGUAGCAGGGGCUAAGUUCUUUACCCCUCCUGUCAAAUCAGCAUCCAACCAAAACCAACAAAGCACGGAACAAAUCAAGACACAAGUUCAGAUAAACAUUAGUAUAAGUAAUGGAGAAAAGAUUGAAGAAGUUCCUGUCACUAUAACUCAUCCAAGCUAGCUGCGAUGAGAUUGCAGUUGUAACAUGUAAUGAGGUAUGUUGUACUACGCGUUGAUGUGCAACACAAGACACAUUAACUUGGUUUGAUUAGAGAGUGCACACACUGAAAUCAGCAACAACAGCCACUAUAAGCGUGAGCUACUCCUUGAACUCGCGAUGAUCGCACAAUGUACAUUAUUUUAUCUUUUAAAAUUUUUACCCUAACAGUAAUUAUAGUUUCAAUAUUUUGUUUUUAACAUUUCGAAAAUGAUUUCUCCACGGGGAUUUAUUUUCGCGUGCGAGGAAAAAUUGUUUCUUUGUUGCAAAAAGUUACCAGGACAACAAAGUAAGUUACCUCUUCCAAUAAGGAAAUCUAAAGUAGACGGGGGGCAAAGUUUUCAUUAUUAUAACAUUUCAACUUUGAGUUACAAGACAGCCGUAGGACAUAGUUUAUUUAUUUAUUUUGAAACUCGUUUUCAGAUCUUCUUCCUGUUUCGGUGUCGCAAACAAUGUAAGAGGACCUGCAAACGAGUUAUGUACCUUCAUUGUAAUUUACUUUAUGUUGAAAAAAAAGUUUGUCAGAUAAAAA